AUGCCCUAUCAGCCACUCCUGCAACCCGAAGACGAUAAUGGAUCUGACGUCGAGCCAGCAAAAGAGUGGUGCCAUUUUGAAUGCCAGCGAUGUUCUAAAAGACGGUCGAGUCCCGUCGUGAAAGCGCUUUACAUGGCACUUUUGGUCUCUUACACUGCAAACCUUUUUUUCGUUUACCAACGGUACAUUGUGCCAUGGGAAUUGGCGGGAAAGCUGCCUUCAAAAUUCGCUCAUUUAAAGCAUGAUGUUCCUGUCGAGAUGACCUCUCAUUCCAACUUUGACAGCCUCAACCGCACAAUUCAGGAUCAGGCCUGGGCCGAUCCUAAUCUAGAGUCCUGGGGUCUUUUUCUAGCUCUUAAUGACGAUUACAGCGCCUCUAUGGGAUUGCCCUACUCACAGCGGUGGCCAUGGGAUUCGCAUAAAGGCACCUACAUACCGAUAGCUGCACAUGAACUCCAUUGUGUACACCUUCUCCGUUCCGUCAUCAACGAGAACCACGAUGGCCUGCCACGUGACAAUCAGACUUGGCCGUACAGCCAUGCAUUGCACUGUCUGAACGUUCUGAGAGACUCAGUCGUAUGCCAUGCUGAUGAUACACCGAUGUAUACCGGGCGAUUGCAUAAGAACAUCCUUGAGGAGCAGCCCAAAGCUGGUGUGGGUAUGGUAAAGAUGUGCCGAAAUUGGAGUGCGUUGGUGUCGUGGGCGCGAGAGCGCAGUGCGUGCUACAAACCCAUUCAUUGGUUUGAGCAGGGAUUUGACGAGAUUGAGAGAUACAAGUUUUGUCCCGACAAAUCCACCCCUUGGAAGCCAGUCUAA